ACAUUAAGGCUCGUGAAAGCGCUUUUCAUUCCUGUCCUGACAAUGAAAGUGAAGUCUGAACUUCUUUUUGUAAAAUAAUAUUUUCUCGAGUGUGUUGAAGAUAAACGCAGGAGAAUUCUUCAGUCCGGCUGGGAAGAGGUGUGAAAAGCUCCACUGUAGCCAGGCUCCUGCAGUCAUGUUGGCCGAGCCGUGCGCGCUGAGGCUCGGCGCGCUGCUGUGCGCGCUCUCAUGCGCGCUCCUGUGCGUGUCGGUGGAUGCGGAUCUGGAUCCGGUGCAUCCGGAGUCUGCGGUGUUGAAGCCGCGCGUGAUGAUCGCGGUGUUGGCUCGGAACUCUGCUCACAGCCUGCCGCACUUCCUGGGCUGCAUCGACCGCCUGGAGUACCCCAAAGAGCGCGUGGCCAUAUGGGCAGCAACAGAUCACAACUUGGACAACACCACAGCCAUGCUGAAAGAGUGGAUGAAGUCGGCUCAGAGAAGAUAUCACUACGUGGAAUGGAGACCGAUGGAAGAGCCACGCUCUUACACAGACGAGUGGGGGCCCAAGCACUGGCCGCUGUCCAGAUUUAACCACCUGCUGAAGCUCAGACAGGCCGCUCUGGAGGCGGCGCGCCACCGAUGGGCCGACUACAUCCUGUUUGUGGACAGUGAUAAUCUGCUCACUAACCCGCGGGUGUUGGACCUCCUGAUAGCGGAGAAUCGGACUCUGGUGGCGCCCAUGUUGGAAUCACGUUCGCUCUACUCCAACUUCUGGUGUGGCAUCACUCCUCAGGGCUACUAUAAGCGCACUCCGGAUUAUCAGCCCAUCCGUGAAUGGAGGCGCCUGGGCUGCUUCCCUGUUCCCAUGAUUCACUCCACUUUCCUGCUGGAUUUGAGACGUAGCUCCUCUCGUGCUCUGGCGUUCCACCCUCCACAUCCCGACUACAGCUGGGCCUUUGAUGAUAUCAUGGUGUUUGCCUUUUCUGCUCGUGAAGCAGGUGUACAGAUGUUUGUGUGCAACAAGGAGCACUAUGGUUUCCUACCCAUUCCACUGAAAGCCCAUCAGAGCAUAGAGGAUGAAGAGGAAAGUUUCACACACACCAUCACUGAAGCACUUAUUGAUCACCAGAUCGAGCCUUCAGAGUUUGUAUUCGUUCCUCCAAAACCUCAGGAUAAGAUGGGUUUUGAUGAGAUCUUCCUGAUUAAUCUGAAGAGGAGGAGGGACCGGAGGGACCGGAUGUUGAGUUCUCUGGCCGGUCUGGGUGUAGAGGUCACUAUCACCAACGCAGUGGAUGGCAAGGCUCUGAACUCGUCUCAGCUGCAGGCGUUAGGGAUCGAGAUGAUGCCGGAUUAUAAAGAUCCGUAUUCAGGCCGGGUACUGACCAGAGGAGAGAUCGGUUGCUUCCUCAGCCACCACUCUAUAUGGACACAGAUGGUGGAGAGGGGUCUGCAGUAUGUGUUGGUUCUGGAGGAUGAUGUAAGAUUUGAGCCCAGGUUUAAGAGGAGGCUGCAAACCAUCAUGGAGGAUGUGGAGAAGGUUCAGCUGGACUGGGACCUCAUCUACGUGGGGCGUAAGCGGAUGCAGGUGGCGCAGCCCGAGCUCUCUGUGGAUGGAGUGAAUAACCUGGUGGAGGCUGAUUACUCCUACUGGACACUGGCAUAUGCUCUGUCUCUGAAAGGAGCCAACAAACUGCUCUCAGCUCAGCCCUUCAGCCGCAUGCUGCCUGUGGACGAGUUCCUGCCCAUCAUGUUUAACAAACACCCCAACACGGCCUACAUGUCCCACUUCCAGCCGCGGGAUCUGCGAGCGUUCUCUGUGGAGCCGCUGCUGAUUUACCCGACGCACUACACAGGUGAGCCGGGCUACUUCAGCGACACCGAGACCUCCACCAUCUGGGACGACGAGGCCGUCAGUACAGACUGGGACCGAUCCCACGCUCAGAAAACUGCCCAACAGGACCGCAUUCGUCCCAUCGCCCAGAACAGCGUGACUGGAGAAACGCCGCCCCCUGCUGCCCGAGCAUCACGAGACGAACUGUGAAAGACUUCAGCAAGAAAGAUGUCAGAGAAGGGUUUUAGGUCACUGAAUUGUGUACACGAGUAAGUCGAGAACUAGGCUGCAGUAUGAGUUUAAAGAUGUUUUAUCACUCAUGUGAGGUUCUUCAUCAGCUCAGACAGAGCAGAAUAUAAAUCUUUAGCACAGAUUGCCUCAAAGCAGCUCUGCUAGCAUCAGCGGUUUAAUGGAUGGUGAAAGCAGGAAGAAAACUUCUGAGGAAACAAGAUUAGACCCUCUUUUUAGGAUUCUUAGUUUCUGUGGUGUAUAGACGGAUGGUUAGUGAUAAGGAUAGGAGGAAGUUAAGAAGGAGAAAGGUCUUUUAGUCUCCAGGAUGAUUAAAAUUUAGAGCAGGAACUUAUAGAUGUCAGGACUGUGACUGUGAAGCUUGCAGACCACAGGUUUGGUGUAGAAACUUGUAGACCUUCUUGAAGCCUUCAGGAGUGGAUCAGGAACAGGUAGACCCCAAGGACUGGUGCAGAAGCUUGCAAAGCUCAAGCCUGGAGAAGAAAUUAUGGGCCUUAUGAAACAGAAACUGGUAGAGCAUAAGGAUUAGUGCUGAAGCUAGUAGGCAUCACAAUGACAGCAGAAAUGAUUGCCAUCCUAUGUGGUUUGGAGUAGAUGCCUGUAGGCUUCUGGACUGGAUCAGGAGCUGGUAAACCUUAAUGGUGGUACAGAAACUUCAUCAUAAGCCUGCAUUUUACACCAUACAUUACUUAUAAGACCAAAUUCUUGUAAACGUUCUUAUCUUGAACAUUAGUUCCUUCCCACUGCUCCUUGUAACUGAUGAAGAACCUCAGAUGAGUGCUGAAACAUCUUGAAGCCUGGAUGGAGAGACUAACACACAUACUCACAAGCGCACUCUACCACCGGAUUAUCAAAUCACAACCGUUACCCCGUCAGCUACCUUCCUCAUUUGCUGGUUGUUCAGCCAGUAGCAUUGCAGCAGGCUGAAAUGCUCAGACUUGAUUGGCUAACACCGGCGGUAGCACAAAGAAGCAGAGGGACCAAAGACUUAAGCCAAAUUUAUUUAUUUCCACAGAUAAUGUGUCACUGGAAUUGUUUGUCUGUCUGUCCGUCCAUCUGUCCAUAGAUUUGUCCCUGGAGGAUGUUGUGAGACAAGUAUAAAGACAGACAGGCAGACAAUUCCAAUCUACAAGGUAUAGACGCAUACAUUUAGCAGAUUGAACAAAAAAUAAUCAGAUAAACGUUUGGUCUUUUUUAUUUAACUGUAAAUAAAAAGCUGAUAAAGUUCAACAGGGUGCAGGUGAUGAAUAA